AGCUCCUUUCAAAGACGACUACGGCGACACCAUUAGUUUCCAAUUAUAUUUACAUUAACAGUUUUAUUCACGCAUAUUUGGUGCAAUAUCGGCACGGUAUCGGCAAAUGACUUUUUGAAACCGUUUGAGACUUUACUUCCGCUAAGACUUUUAUUUGCACGAAUGUAACCGGAAGACGGACUGACAAUCUGACAAACAUGGCGACCUCCGGCGGAGAUAUGAUGACAUACGCGGAGUAUGCUCCGAAAAACACUUCGCGAAGUGACGCAGAAAUUGACAGACAGCUGGGACGCACGUUGAUUGUGGUCGGUCUCGGCGUGGCUGCUGCAGGUUUUGCUGGUCGCUAUGCAUUCCGGCUAUGGAAACCUCUUGGACAGAUGUUCACCGAAACUGUCAAGAAGAUGCCAACAUCUACGUUUUCGUCGUAUUACAAAGGGGGCUUUGAGCAACAGAUGUCCAAACGAGAGGCCAACCUCAUCCUCGGCAUCAGCCCAGGCAGCGCUAAGUCCAAAGUAAGUGAGGCACAUCGGAGGAUCAUGUUGCUCAACCAUCCGGAUAAAGGUAAGGUGGGUCGCCGUAUCUCGCCACUAAGAUUAACCAGGCCAAAGACUUACUGGACAAGGACAUGCGGCGGUGACCUUUCCCAUCAUCCCCGCGACGUCUGGACUGUGCAGCAUGGAGAUCCUGCUUGGAGACGCUCAUACAGCUUGAAUAAUUUCCAUGUUAUUUUUCAGUGAAUGAUGACACAUGGUGUGUGUGUGUGUGUGUACAGCUGUGACGACAUGAUUACAUCAUCUAUUUAAGGAGCAAUACUAUACAGUCUGACAUUUGUGUGGUGAAAUGUUUUAUUUAAUAAAUGCCAAUGUGAAAAUAGAAUGCAGGGGAU